AUGCAUAUUUUUCUUAAACACAAUGAAUGCAAUAUUGAGACUCGUUUUCCUUGCCCUCGUCAUGGAAUUUGCUCUUGCAAAGUAUUUUGCCACUUUUCCUACCUUAUUGGAACAGAGAGGGAUGAUGAAUAUGCACUCGCUGUCCGCGUAUGGGCAAAGUCUUUAUUUGCUCAUGGAAUUAAACAGGAUGUUAUCAUUUUAGUGAGUGAAAAUGUCAGAGAGUCUACGAAGAAGCAGUUCCUUGAAAUUGGAUGCCAAUUACGCGAAAUUAGAAAUAUUGAAAACCCAUAUAAGAAGGAUGCAGGAAGACGACGCUCAUACAAGAAUCACUUUGAAUACACUCUCAACAAGCUUUACGUGUGGAAUAUGUUAGACUAUGAACGAGUGAUCUAUAUGGAUGCGGAUAACAUCUUCUUCCACAAUAUUGACUCUCUCUUUAAGUGUGGUCAUUUUUGUGCUGUCUAUAUGAAUCCAUGUAACUUCCAUACAGGUCUCUUUGUUGUAACCCCCAACAAUGAUACAUAUAAUGACUUGCUCAAAAGUCUAGCUACUCUUUCAUCCUACGAUGGAGCGGAUCAAGGCUUUUUAGUUGCAUAUUUCCAAGGUCUCCAAAAGGCUCCCUUGUUCGACCCCGACCAUCCCUUCAAGGAGGAGGAUAUGCCGAAAAUGCAGCGUCUCUCGAUCGGAUACAACAACAAUCACAUGUAA